AUGGAGUCCCUCCGCAGGAGGUUGGAGGCUAGUGGGAAGGCCAAUAAUGAAUUAAAAAGUGAAGUGGAAACUCUCCGGGAGCAGCUGACUCAAUCUUCGGAAAAGCUGGAUGCCGCCGAAAAGAAAGCCACCACCGCUGAGCAGAAAGCUACCUCCACCGAACAAAAGUUAACAGCUGCCGAGAAGAAACAGAAAGAGUCGGACGCGACGAUUGAACGUCUGGUCGAGCGUGAGAUGGCUCUGGAGAAACAGGUCGGCGAGGCGCAGAGGCGUACGGCCGAAGUCGAGAAGGAGAAGCAGGCCGUGGAGGCCGAACUGGCAACGUGGAAGGCCAAGUAUAAAGACGUCGUCAAACAGGGUAAAGGCGCGAUUUUGGGCACCGAGGAGGCCCUGAAGGCUCAAAUUAAAAUUGUUUUUAGCCGUCCUUGGCGUUUUAAGAUUAUUGGCAGUUGUAAAUGA